CUGUCUGUCAUAGAGAAUACAUUUCUUUAGUUUUGUGCAAAAUACUAUUUUAUGGAGUCAAUGUUCAUUUAAAUCUAUUGUAACAACAUGAAAGCAAUGGUUAUCUAUAUCUUUCCAUUAAAAAGGUCACUCUGAUAAGUAUAUCUCUUUCUGGGUACAUUUUCUAAACAUUUCCAAAUAAAAAGUCUAUAAAGACUAGUCUUGAUAUCAAUUUUCCCUUUCUUUUUAUUUUUUUACUUUUGUUGCUAUGGGAAAAGAAACUUUUAGACUCACUCGAUUUAACAGUGUGUUUCUAUUGCAUGAAUUGGAUGAGGUUAUUUAUAUUAUGUAGUGAAAGAGACUUAUGUCUAGUUAUAUAGAUGCUAGUAGACGAAACAUUUGUUCAAACAGUGAUCAACAUUGAAAAAGAUCAAUUGAGAAGAAGAAAAGAGUUAGACAGAGAAGAAGAUACAAUCAGAGAAUGUACACUUCAAUACUUGACAUUGAAUACAGAAUAUCAUGUUAUUCCAACUUACACACAGGCAGAACAGGAUCAAGCAUUCAUUUGUACACAAACAAAGCCAUGGACUACUUUAGCAGACAUUGUGUUUUCAAAGAAAGAAACAAUAGCAAUCAAAGGUCGACCUGUAUUGCCUAUUGCGGAUCGCAAAGUAGCUCAAGUCUAUAAAAAAAUGGGACAAUCACUUGCCCAUUUUACUACAGUAGAUACACUACCUAAAGCAAUCAAGAUCAUUCCUUCUUUAUCCAAUUGGGAUGCUGUUCUCUUUUUAACUUGUCCAUCCAAUUGGUCGUCUGAAGCAGUUCUUCAAAUCACUCUACUCUUUCUGAAUCAUAUAAAAGCAAUACAGACAAAACAAUAUUUUGAAUAUGUACUUGUUCAUGCCAUCAAGUCCAAUUUGAUCCAACAUAACUAUGUUCGAUUAGACAGUGCUCUUUAUCAAUGCCUUCAAAAAGCUAUAUCAAGUCAUCCUGGUAUCUUCUUUAAGGGCUAUCUUUUCCCUCAGUCUGAAUUAGGCUGCUUAAGUCUAGCUGAAGCAAUGAUAUUACGAGACAUGAUGACAGGCAUUCCUGUUGUUUAUACUACCAUGGCUCUUUUACAAUUCUCUACCUGUUCAAUCACAUUGCCUGUUUCUCUGUUAAUGGAUGCUUUAGUGAAUCAAAGACAACCAUUGCCUUAUCGUGUCAUUGAUGCCCUUGUUUAUCAUUAUUUCAAUCAGUCUACAGUUGUACCUUGUAUUUGGUAUCAAACAUUAGAUACAUUUAUAUCUGUAUAUCAUACAGAUAUGGUGCCUAUACAUAAGAAAAAGUUACUUGAUACCAUACAUAAUCAACAGUGCUUGGAUCAUAUCUCGCAUGCAUAUUUGAUUCAAAACAUAAAAGAUGAAUUUAUUAACAUUUAACCAUCCAAAGGUCUAUAUACAAUAAAUAAAUAAAUACAUAAUGACAAUAAUAGAACAA